AAAAAAAUCGACCCGAAUUCACCGAUCAACACUAGCCCGCCUUUGAUAAAAUAAUCAUGUUCGGAGUUUAGUUGAUGCGCUAAUCUUCCCGCUUACUACCGUUCACGCUAUGACUGAUACGUAAACACUUGGCGCACCGAAGCUGCAACUAAUCGCGCCAGAGCAGCCUCUGAAACAAGGAGAAAUGGCGUCCGCGGACGUGGACAGCAGUCAAAGCGAGUUUCUGCAAGCUGGCGGCGCGGCGGAAACACAGACAGACAUGUCAGCCAUCCAGCUGACGGGGUCGGACAGGUGGGAGGUGUUGACUCCCGUCUCAGCUGGGAAGGAAGAUCAAGGAGUCGUCCACAUUCCAAACUCGGGGAUCGUCACAUCCAAUGGGCAGUACAUGCUUCCGAUUGGUAGUCUUCCCAACCAGCCCAUUUAUGUUACAGCAUCUGGGAGUGAGGCUGCAGCCAAUGGAGUGACGGGCAUUCAGUAUCAGGUCAUCCCCCAGCUCCAAAAUGCAGAUGGAACACUUGCAGGAUUCUCAACACAAGGUCUGGACGAUGGUACGGGUCAGAUUCAGCUUCUCCAAGAUGGCAGCCAAGGCAGUAUUGGAAUCAGCUGCGCCACGACCGCAACCACGGACCUCCUGACACAGGCGGGCCAGAUCCAGUCAAUCCAAGGAGUGUCGUUGGCUGGAGGUUCGGCGUACGCCGGCACCCUUCCCGUAGGGCUGCCCAGCAACAUAACCUUUGUCCCUAUAAACAGUGUGGAUCUGGAGUCGCUGGGGCUGACUGGUGCUCAGACGGUACCCAUUGCGACGGGGGUAACGCCAGAGGGCCAGCUGAUUAUGAGCAGCCAGGCGCUGGAGAAUCAGUGCCAGGACGGUGGCUCCAAGCAGCCGUUGACGGUGACAGUGAGCAACCCCAGCUCCAACCAGGAGCUCUACGUGCCAACCUCCACGUCCUCCUCCAACUCCGCUCAGCUUCCUGAAACCAUAGACGGCACCGGGGUUCUGACCCAGGCAACAGCUGUGUCUGCGGGCGUGUCUGAUCCCUCUUCAGAAAACUUCAACUCCCACAACCACCUGCAGCAAAUCCAGGUGUCCUCCUCCACCGCAGCCUCCCUCCCCCAGUCCAUCCUGCAGCUGUCUGACAGUCAGGCCCAGGUAGCCCAGGUGGCUCAGGGUCAGGACCUGACGGCAGCAGGUCAGACUCUUCAGAGCGUGCAGCUGGUCAAUCCAGGUACCUUCCUCAUCCAGGCCCAGACUGUCACCCCCACCGGACAGAUACAGUGGCAGACCUUCCAGGUUCAAGGCGUCCAGUCGCUUCAGGGGCUGCAGUUGUCCCAAGGACAGGGUCAGGCCCAACAACUGGCCCUAGCCCCGGUCCAGACAGGCCAGGUUGGCCUACCCAACCUCCAGACGGUCACGGUUAACUCUGCUACACAAAGUGGAAUGCAGUACGUGCAGGGAGAUGAGACACUGAGUCCAGCUGGUAUCCAUAUAAAGGAGGAGCCCGACUCGGAGGAGUGGCAGUUGAGCGGCGACUCCACGCUGAACCCCAGCGACCUCAGCAACCUGCGGGUUCAGAUCGGAGAUGAGGACAUGGAGACGCAGAGUGGGGAGGGCAAGAGGCUCCGCAGAGUGGCCUGCACCUGCCCCAACUGCAAAGAGUCGGGAGGAAGAGGCUCAGGCACGGGCAAGAAGAAGCAGCACAUCUGCCACAUCGUCGGCUGCGGGAAGGUCUACGGGAAGACGUCUCACCUGCGAGCGCACCUGCGCUGGCACAGUGGAGAAAGACCCUUCGUCUGCAACUGGAUGUACUGCGGGAAGAGGUUCACCCGGAGCGACGAGCUGCAGAGACACAGGAGGACACACACAGGAGAGAAGAAGUUCGUGUGCUCCGAGUGCUCCAAGAGGUUCAUGCGCAGCGACCACUUGGCCAAGCACAUAAAGACUCAUCAGAACAAAAAGGGCACCGCCCCCUCCUCCACGCCUCCGCCCGUCAGCGACACCAUCAUCACCGCGGACGGCACCACGCUCAUCCUCCAGACCGCCGCUGCUCACGACCUCGUAGCCAAUCAGGACAUCCCUCUGCAGCUGGUCACUGUGGCGCCCGGUGAGGUUUUGGAGUAAAACGGGAGUGAGGGGGGGUGAUUUCUGAGAACUGGCCAAUCAGAGACCUCUAGGAGCAUUUCUUUUACCUUCCUCUUUUUCUUUUUUUUUAACAUAUGGAUAUAUACGUAAAUAUAUAUGACAAAUAUAUAUAUUUUAAGUGAGAGUUACCUUGACUUUGUUUUUUGCAGUCUUUUUAUAAUAAGGGGUAAAAAGAACGUUCACGUGAUCGUACACGAGACAAACAUGAAUCAACACUCAAGACAUUAAAACUCAACACGAAGAAAUGCCUUACUUUGUAUGAUACUCUUGUAUAAAAUGCUGGAGGUGCGUGUUUUAUUAUAUUUUUUCCAAGCUUUGCAGAUAAUACAACUGUAACAGAGACAGGGAUGCACCGAUGCCAGGAUCGAGUACUCAAUACCGCGUGCCUGUAUUCAGACAGUACUAAUACCACUUUACCAUAAUGCAGCAGUCAGGAUGAAGUGCUGGCCUGCCACUCCUGACCAGUCGGUGGCGCUAACGCACCAUAAUAUUUGAUAACUGUUGCAAGGAGGAGCGAAGGAGACUAAAGUAGAGCAGACCGUAAACCAUGUUUAGAGAAAAAUCUAGCACUUUUAAGACAAACAGUUCUAGAAAACAUCUGAGAAAAAUUGAAAAUCCAGCGCGGUGCAGAGUUUAGUUUGUAAACAGCCGCGGGAAAUACAGAAGCACGAGUUUUCUAAUGAUCGCACCAAUGGGCGCUUUUAUAAAAUGCACCUGCUUCAUCUGAGAAGUUCACACAAAACAGUUUCACAAGUAGUCGUAAAACGGUUAGUUUUGAUGAAGUUGAUUUCUGUUCAGUGCCCUGAGAUAACUUCUGUUGUGACUUGGUGCUAUAGAAAUAAACUGAACUGAAAUUGAAUUGAAUCUGUAAUUUGAAGAAAAUGAGAAAUUUUAAACGUAAAAAAAAAAAGUCUAUUUCAGCAGUCUGAUCCAAAGACGCUCCCUGCAGACAGAGGCUUGGAAUUACAAGUUUGCUUUUUCUUAAUCCGGUUUUAAAUCAAAUUGGUCAAAUUAAAUAUAUUAAAUGUGAGUACUUCUGUAGAUAAAACAUAACCUACAAGUACCUGCAAACACUUGCAAAGAAGGAUUAUAUUUGGUUUAUUUAACUACACCUGACCGCACUUCACUGAUUAGUUAACAUACUCGUAUCAGCUCGAACGUAAGUACUUGUACUCUGAAUCGGUGCAUCCAAAAUGGAGUCAGAUGUGUUGUGUAGGAACAGCAGGAGGAAGUUCUGACUCUACCUUUAAUCUGCAGCUACCAUCAAUAAUGUUAGUUUUUAAUGGAUUAAUCCAACUUUGUUUAACACAACUGGAGGUGGCACCAGUUAAGUUCAAAAGUUGUGCAAAAAUAACGGUGGACUCUCCCCGGGUGAUUUAAAUCAGUGGUUCCCAACACUGGUCCUUGCGGAACACCAUCCUGCAUGUUCUGGUUGUGUCUGCUCCAACACCUGAUCAGUGGUUUCAUUACUUGAAGCUCUGCAGAAGUUUGUUGGAUCACUCAUUCAAAUCAGGAAAAAAAACAAAAGCAUGGAGGAUGGUGUUCCUCAAGGACCAGGACUGGGAACCAUUGAUUUAGAUGAUGCGUCUUGUUGCUUCACUCUUUCUGUUGAAGGUAAAAGUUGUUAGCCCAGUUACUAAAGCAGUGGCUGGACUAGCUGCACCACUAGGGUCCAGCAGGUGGUGGGAGAACUGAUCCUCCUCAUUUAGGGCAGAGACGCUGAGAAAGAGCAGCUUCCUGAGCGCACGGUGCUCGCUCACACAUAAAAACACCUUUUUGCUUAAUUUUAUGUUGUAAAUUUCCAAAUGUAUCUCGAGUUUUUCUUGUUGGCUCAUCUGGGUCUCGUCUAAAACCGGAGCCACGUUAACGGUGACCCUAAAGCUUUCACCAAGGACUGCUUCAUGGCUGCAGGAGAUCACACUAAUGUUGCCGCGUGGAGGAAACAGGAAGUCUGCAGCCAGCGGGAGCGCUUCUGUCACCAGACAUUCCAGUUGGACACCAAACGGUAACGGCUCUGAGGGUCAGUGUGACCAGAUGUCAGUGAAAAGGAAAACAAUCAUGCCAUUUUUGUUUGUUUUUAUUUAAUCCUCUCGGUUUGUCCUCAUGUUCGUAGCAUUCAUUUACAUGUAUAUGCUCUUGUUUUCACCUUGUUUAUAGAAGCCAUUACUAGCUGAAUUUGUUGUUUCAAAACCUUAUUUUAAGUAAUUUUUUUUAAAGAAUUGGUGUAAAAAUUGAAUGUUACCUUUUGUAAAACCUUUUUUCAAAUGGAUCACAAUAAAAGUCUGAAAGCUUCCAGUAACUAACUGGUUCGUGUUGAUGGCUUUAACAAAGUCCAGUUCUGUUUUAUGUUGA